ACACCGAAGAUUUUCACGAGACGCGCAGACGGAAAUCUGAUAUAAUAAAAUAUCGCAUCUGACGCAACUCUGAUCACUUAAGAUCGCAUCUGACGGACUGGGAAUAUUUGAUUAAGUCUCAUUUCUGUGGUGGAUUUAUUAAUUCGCUAAGAAAAAUCAAACAGACUAAACCACACCGGAUUCACUUCAUCGAUUUUUGCGAGGAUUCAACAGGUGGCUGUAAUAUGGAGAUGUUAUGUGGAUACAGAAACACACUGAAGCGUCAGGUAGCGUUUGAAAUGUUUGAAGACCCCGGGUCGCUGUUCUCGGGAUUUUAUCCUCCAGUAGAGGACGAGCCGGCUGCUCAGGAAGUUCCUUCUGGUCUGGACUGUUUCUCACAGGAUGUGUGCUCCGUGCCCCUGCUGACGCCCUGCAGUAAAGCCGUCAUGAGUCAAGCUCUGAAGGACAGUUUCAAAGGUUUCUCCAAAGUCCAACGUCUCUGUGGGAUCUCCGACAACCCGAGGAAAUGGAGCAAGCAGCACGUCUUGCAGUGGCUGAUCUGGGCAUCUGGUGAAUUCAGCUUAACCAACAUCAACUUCAUGAACUUUGACAUGAGCGGCGGUGAGCUGUGUGAUCUGGGGAAGGACGGCUUUCUGGCUCUGGCUCCAGAUUUUGUGGGUGACAUCCUGUGGGAGCACAUGGAGCAGAUGAUGAGAGCUUGUCGGGAGAACGAAGAGGCCCAAGUCUUUAGUCGCCCAUCUCAGUCCAGCUGGACCAGCAGAAACUGUAAUGCUGUGAGUCUGGAGGAACGUUCUCUGACGGUUCCAGAUAACUGCAGUAGUCUGCUCAGGGAACUCUUUGAGACGACCGAUGAAUCCGUCCUGCUGUCAUCCGAGCCCGAGAUCUCUUUGUAUCCCAAGCCUCAGCUGAGCACCGUCAGCGUGAACUACGUCAGUCACGACUUCUCCGGUGCCAAAGGCGCACCGCGUCUCGACGCCCCCCGCUUAUCACGUGACCAGACGUCUGCAGAAAGCCUGGAGACUCCCGAGAGUGUUCUUCGGUCCUGGGGGAGCCAUUCUUCACUCGCCGACGCCCAGCGCGUCCCGUCCUACGACAGCUUUGAGGAAGAGUUCGGCGUGACCCCGCUGAGCCUCGGCAAACAGGGACUGUCUUUUAAAGACUACGUUCAAGAGAGGAACGAGCCGCUGGAACAGGGUAAACCGGUGAUACCGGCUGCUGUGCUCGCUGGGUUCACAGGAAGUGGUCCCAUUCAACUCUGGCAGUUUCUCCUGGAGCUGUUGACAGAUUCCACCUGUCAGAACAUCAUCAGCUGGACCGGCGACGGCUGGGAGUUUAAACUCACCGACCCAGAUGAGGUGGCACGUCGCUGGGGUAAGAGGAAGAACAAACCCAAAAUGAACUACGAGAAGUUGAGUCGGGGACUUCGGUAUUACUACGAUAAAAACAUCAUUCACAAGACGUCAGGAAAACGUUACGUGUAUCGCUUCGUCUGCGACCUGCAGAAUCUGUUGGGUUACACUGUGGAGGAGCUGCACGGCAUGCUGGGAGUUCAGCCUGACACCGAUGACUGAAAUGUUUGUGGAUGAGAAGGUCGUCUGGUGUCGUGCUACAGGACCUCACUGAAGGUCUCUGUCUGUGGUGCAUUUCAUCACCGUCUGCUCUCGCUGACGCAUUAAAGCGCGUUCGACCGCCGCGGUUCUCUGCUGUUUGUGACGACGGCAGCGUUUGAAAUCACCUGAACAGAUCAAUGGACUUCUGCUUCAUAACUUGAUGCUGUUCACUCAAUGUCAUGAUGUGGACUCUCAUUUCUGCUGGCAGAUUGUUAUAGAGCGAUACGAAGUUCUCCUUUAACAGAGUUUCUCAUCUGAUGGAUUGACUCUGGAGUCUGGAUUGUCUUACAGAAGAUCUGCUUGCGUUUACAUGAAGCUGUUUUGUGCCUGGAGAUUGACAGACGCUUGGGCGUGAGCUUUAGCCUGCAGGGAUGUUGUAACUCUUGUCUGAUUGAUUUGUUGAUUCAGUUUAUUGUUUGACGCACAUCUCCUUUCAUAAUGGAGAGCAUUAUUACAAAAAUGUUUUUCCUGCAGGAGAUGAAAAUACAUUCUCAGUUUUUGGUUUAUGUAUAUUUUGUGACCACAAUGUGUUGGUUUAUUGUAAAUAAGUUGAUGUUAUGUAUAUUUAUUUGAUGACUUUAUUAAUGAGUAUAGCUGGUCUACUUUUUUUUUUUUUGAAUGCUCAGGCCAAAGUGAGAUUCUAGUUUUGUGUUUACUGUCAGGACAAGAUGUAGGAGAUGCAGUCUCGUGGUGCAGCUUCUUAAAUGAAAUGCAUGAUUUAGAUUUUGUAAUAUCCAAGAUUAUUUUCUUUCUUUCUUUUGUUUCUUCCACAAAUGAAUGAAUGUUUAUUGCUUUAACAGAGACGUUACUACAGGGACUGUUUUACUGUAAACCCGAGGACUACUGAAACUCUGAAUGUGCUUCAUUAUAUCAGUCCAGUGAUCCAUAGAUGUCUUUUAUUGUUUUUAUUUAAGAUGAUUAUUCUGUGAUCAUCUGUCACAUGUGAUGUAUAAUAUUUUGUAUUUGAUACUUUUUUUAUAUAAAAGUUGCUUCUCAGAUCAAGUUUGAAAAACUUUUGGUUUUUUAUUGUACUUUAACUAAUAAAAGUGUAAACUGGAAAUAUACUGCUCAAUAAGACAUCAACACAGUGUUUAUAAAUUCAAUGUAGUAUCAUUUACUAAACAAUUGAUUUAUUUUACACAAAAACCCUGGAAGGUUUUAUAACAGAUGAGGUUUAGGUUUGUCUGAUUGACUAUAAUGAGCUGAAAUUCCCAGGAAUGAUGUUAAACUUGUGAAGACGUGUUGAAUAUUUGAGUGCGUCUUUGUGUGGUGACUCAGACAGGUUUGUGAGGGUUUGCCUGCGGGCAGAUUGUGUUUGAUUCAUGAGAAACACUCGUGUGCAGACAAGUAAUGUUGUUAACACACACUUUACCUUUACAUUCAACAGCUUUGUGUGUCGUUCUCUUAAACAAAUAAAUCCUCUCUUUAUAUGUAAA